AUGGAGAAGUACGUCAUUGGUUUACUGUCGGGAGUUGGGGAAGUGUGUGAGCAUCUGGUUUCCGGCAGGAAGACAAAGAUGAUCGUGUUAGAACUCGACAAUCUCAGGGGUCACAAGCUGGAAUGCACAUUGUGGGAGCAUUAUGUGGAUGAGGUACAAACUUUUUUGGCAAGCAAUGACACUCCUCAUAAGGUGAUGAUUGUUCAACUAGGGAGGAUAAAGGGUUUUAGGGGUAAAAUCAGAGUGACGAAUACAAAAUAUACGACCAAGAUUAUCAUGGAUUCAAAUUUGCCUGAGAUUGUGGAGUUCAAAAAAUGUCUAUCGUCUGCUGGUGUGGAAAGUAGUUUGAGGUUGACUCAAUUGUCUACUCAGUCGUCAUAUUCGUACGAAAGUGAUUUUCUUAAAGAGACCGAUAGAAAGUCAAUCAGUGAUAUCAAGUUGUGUAGUAAGGUAACCACAUGCAUCACUUAUGGGACUAAAAAAUCAAUUGAGAGCAGAUACAACUGGUGGUACCGGUCAUGCAAUAGGUGUCCAUUUUCCGUUUGUGAAGAUUUUGAAAAAUGGUACUGUAAAAACUGCCAUAAACAUUGGGAAGAUUACAUACCUAGAUUCAGUGUUCAAGUCAGAGUUGUGGAUAACACGGAUUCUGCUUCUUUUUUGCUGUUUGAUCGAGACUGUGUUACUUUGUUGGGAAUGAGUGCUGCUGAGUUGCGUGAGUUGCAUUUCAAAAGGGGUGCUGAUGCAGAAGAGUAUCCCGAGCAACUAAAUGUUCUGAAUGAAAAAUCCAUGCUGUUUAAGAUUAAUGUGAAGGAAAAAAAUUUGAACGUGUACAGUGAGCCAAAAUAUCAAGUAUCUAAGAUUUGUAUCAGCGAGGAGAUAAUCACAGCAUUCCUGAAUGAUUUGGUUGACCCCAAUGUACGAUGUCAAACUGUUCAUAUGAGGUUCGAUGCUGAAGCGUAUACAAAUUCUCAAUGA